UUUAUUUCACUAUUAUCGCUCGACUGCUUUAAACGCGAAAACGGCAACGAUUGAAAUCUGACUCAGGCGGUCGUACAACUGGCUUUAACUUCCGCGUAAAUUUGUUCAUACAGGUGUUCUUUGUUGGAUCACGAUGCCAGGUACCUCGUUUCCCUCCAAUAACGAUAACUUCUCCUACGGCUUCCCCACGGCAACUACACAAAGCGAACGAAUGCUCCAAGCACAGAAUCGCCGCAAGUUCAGUUUUCCUGCCACACUUCACUCCGCAGCGUUGUUAGAGGUGGGUCAGCGGGAGACGACGCGGAGGCGUCUCAGUAACGUCAGCGAUGUGGUUACCAGAAAACUUUCGUAUACCAUUGGCUGGAAGGCUGCUCAAAUACCUGCCCAGGACAUUAUAACCCAGGGACGAUGUCUUUGUGGACACUACAUAAAACGACGUUUGCGACGUUCAGGACUUUUCAAUAAGAAGUUGGGACUUCAGCGCAUUAGAAGCAUUUUGGGCAAUAGCAAUGCAUCAUUGGGCAUAGUCCGAGAUGUAUUUCCAGCAGUGCAAGUGUUGGGUGACGAACUGGAAAGAAUGCAUCCGCGGGUUUAUAAUGGUGUCGCUCGACAAAUUUGCCGAAAUCCCGGCGGUGAAUUUCACACACCAGAUGCUGUAAGUUUGCUUCUCGGAGCAGUUGGUCGAGAACUAUUUCGAGCUGAAAUCACUUGGAGCAAGGUAAUCUCAUUGUUUGCUAUAGCCGGUGGCCUGUCAGUUGAUUGUGUGCGACAAGGUCACCCCGAAUAUUUGCCAAAACUAAUGGAGAGCGUAUCCGAAGUAAUAGAGGAUGAACUCGUUCCCUGGAUAAACGAGAAUGGUGGAUGGAACGGCAUUAACACACACGUAUUACCUACAACCAGCAGUUUGAAUCCUCUGGAAUGGACAACUCUAGUCAUCGGGGUUGUAUUUGGUUUGAUUUUAUUCUUUAUGUUAUUACGUUUUAUUUUUAAUACAUUAAUUCCGAAAAUAUACCAACGAUUUACGCAUUGAUUGCAAAACUUACAAAA